UUUCGAUUCUCAGUUCACUCGAGCUUGGUAGGCAACAGCCACCUGUUGCUUACACAGCGCCGUCAAGCUACCUAGGUCAUCAGCUACCAGCCAAUCCACAGACAUGGGAAGCCUUGACAGCAACCCUGCCUCCUUCGACGCGUUCGCCGCCGACGCCGAGGGCUUCCAGCCGCUCAACGCCGACGACGUCCGCUCCUACCUCCACAAGUCCGUCGACUUCAUCUACGACUACUACAAGUCCGUCGAGUCCAUGCCCGUGCUCCCCGGCGUCGAGCCGGGCUACCUGAGCCGGCUGCUGCAGUCCGCGCCACCCAACGCCUCCGCGCCGUUCGACAUCGCUAUGAAGGAGCUCCGUGAGGCCGUGGUGCCGGGGAUGACCCACUGGGCCAGCCCCAACUUCUUCGCCUUCUUCCCGGCGACCAACAGCGCCGCGGCCAUCGCCGGGGAGCUCAUCGCCUCCGCGAUGAACACCGUCGGAUUCACCUGGCAGGCGAACCCCGCGGCCACCGAAAUGGAGGUCCUCGCGCUCGACUGGCUCGCGCAGCUCCUGCGCCUGCCCGGCAGCUUCAUGAACCGCACCAGCGCCGGCCGAGGCACGGGCGGUGGCGUCAUCCUCGGCACGACCAGCGAGGCGAUGCUGGUCACGCUCGUCGCUGCCCGUGACGCCGCGCUGCGCCGGAGCGGGUCCAACGGCGUGGCCGGGAUCACGAGGCUCACCGUGUACGCCGCCGACCAGACCCACUCCACCUUCUUCAAGGCGUGCCGCCUCGCCGGCUUCGACCCAGCCAAUAUCAGGUCGAUCCCCACCGGCCCGGAGACGGACUACGCCCUCGACCCCGCGAAGCUGCUAGAGGUCAUGCAGGCUGACGUGGACGCUGGCCUUGUGCCAACCUACAUCUGCGCCACGGUUGGCACCACGUCAUCUAACGCUGUCGAUCCGGUUGGCGCCGUCGCCGAUGUUGCCGCCCCGUUCAAGGCCUGGGUUCAUGUGGACGCCGCCUACGCCGGUAGCGCGUGCAUCUGCCCGGAGUUCCGGCACCACCUCAACGGUGUGGAGCGUGUGGACUCCAUCAGCAUGAGCCCGCACAAGUGGCUCAUGACGUGCCUGGAUUGCACCUGCCUGUGGGUGCGCGACACGCACCGCCUCACCGGCUCCCUGGAGACCAACCCGGAGUACCUCAAGAACGACGCCAGUGACUCCGGCACCGUCACCGACCUCAAGGACAUGCAGGUCGGUGUCGGCCGCCGCUUCCGUGGGCUCAAGCUCUGGAUGGUCAUGCGCACCUACGGCGCCACCAGGCUCCAGGAGCACAUCCGCAGCGAUGUUGCCAUGGCCAAGAUGUUCGAGGAAUCCGUGCGCGCCGACGACCGAUUCGAGGUCGUCGUGCCGAGGAACUUCGCGCUCGUGUGCUUCAGGAUCAAGCCCCACACUGGCAUGUCAGAGGAGGCCACCGAGGCGGCUAACCGUGAGCUCAUGGAGCGCCUGAACAGGACCGGGAAGGCGUACCUGGCGCACACCGUGGUCGGCGGCAAGUUCGUGCUGCGGUUCGCGGUGGGGUCGUCGCUGCAGGAGGAGAGGCACGUGCGAAGCGCGUGGGAGCUCAUCAGGAAGAAAACCACCGAGAUCAUGAGUGGAGAGGUGUCUGUGUAGUGAUUGUUUGUGAUGUUGUUCUUACAUAUGUUUGAUUAAUUGUUGGUGUCGUAGUCCAGGGAGUUGGUGUUAAAUAAAGAAUUUUGCUGGUGCUUGCAUGUAUGAUGAAUAAGGGAGGUGUAUUACCAUACCAUGAGGAAUAUAUAUAUAUAUAGUGUCUUUUUUUUUGUUU